AUGUCUAUACAAACCUACCUGUUGUUGGUCCCGGCAGUUUCAUGCCCGGCUCCUGUACCAGGGAAAGGUAUAACUGUAGGAACAAACUGUACUAGGAAACUGUGUCAAGAAACUGUACCAAGAGUGUGCCAAGAAACUGUACCAGGAGUGUGCCAAGAAACUGUACCAGGAGUGUGCCAAGAAACUGUACCAGGAGUGUGCCAAGAAACUGUACCAGGAGUGUGCCAAGAAACUGUACCAGGAGUGUGUCAAGAAACUGUACCAGGAGUGUGUCAAGAAACUGUACCACGAGUGUGCCAAGAAACUGUACCAGGAGUGUGCCAAGAAACUGUACCAGGAGUGUGUCAAGAAACUGUACCAGGAGUGUGUCAAGAAACUGUACCAGGAGUGUGCCAAGAAACUGUACCAGGAGUGUGCCAAGAAACUGUACCAGGAGUGUGCCAAGAAACUGUACCAGGAGUGUGCCAAGAAACUGUACCAGGGAAGCAGUGA